ACAGCUGAACAGCAGAUGCAAGUGAAACCCUCCUUCGUUCCCAGCUCUCUGCUUUCUUAAUGGCUCGUCUUCUUCAAAUCGCUCAAAGAAAGCUCGACGCUUCUUUGCCUUCGAUUAGAAGUCGGACACACGAGGUCUCCGGUUGCGUCCACUCACUGAAUGUCACUUCAACUUGUCUUCAUCAAACUAGACGUUAUGGAGCCCAGGCAACGCCCAAAUCGCUCUUUGAAUCUAACAUUUUAAGAAUUCUUCGAAAUGAGAUCGAGUUUCAGUCCGAGUACGCCCCUCCAGAACAGCCUAUGACAAAAUUCAACUCAUUCACUGUUCAAGAUCGACCAGGUGAGCAGUGGAUUACAAUGAAGGGAAGUUUUGGGGACAAAGAAGAAAUAAAAAUUGAAGCUACCAUGUUUGAUGGGUAUGCACAGGUUCCCAAGCUUGGAGAUGACAGUUCCGGGGUGAAUGUCCAUCUUCACUUUAGUCUACUUGUGGAUAUUUCAAAGGAGGAGUUUGGCAGUGAAUUGGAAUUUGUCUGCUCAGCAUGGCCAGAAUCUUUAGAAAUCCAAAGAGUUUACAUCCUAAGGCGUGAUCGGAUGCAUGCUAUGCCUUACAUGGGACCUGACUUCAGGACUCUCGAUACUGAAAUUCAGGAGAAAUUUCGGGAGUACUUGAAGACAAGGGGGAUAAACAAUGAAUUAUGCAUUUUCUUGCAUCAAUAUAUGACUAACAAACAUAGAAUCGAGCUUCUAAGGUAUUUGAGAAAUGUCAAGUCUUUUGUAGAAAAAUAGAAGGAUAAGCUUUUGGCUGGUAAGAUUAUUGGUAUGAACACUUCACUUUUUCGACUGAUUUAGUUUCAUCAGAUGAAAAUUCAUCCAUCAACCCUUUCUUCAAUAUUUGACUAUGGUUUUCCUUUUAGCAAAGAGAUUCAGCAGGGAGAAGAAAAUCUGCAAUAAUAAUUAUAAUUCUUUUGUAAGUAGUGUGACUCUGUUUUUGACGUCGAGGAACUUGUACUAGUGGUUUUGCAAAGUGCUACAAUGUCUGCUGAAUCAUGCUAUAAUACUCUGGAAUCAACUUGAUUUGGACCUCCGGAAA